CUGAGAAGCCGACCCGACUUUUGCAACUUUUUUAACCUGGCUCUCAGACUCUUCAGCCGUGGCCGCGAUCCGCUGACAGCUUCGACAAUACGCAACCUGCCGCACAAAAUGCCCGAAUUAGUCGAUAAUCGGAUAGAGGAGCUUCUCAAAGAGGCAGAGCAUCGACUCAGGGGAAGUGCCGCUUCUGAUCUUGCCUCUCCGGUGGCGCAACCCUUCACCGUCGUCCCCAAGGCCACCAAGAAGCCUAUACCAGACGAAGCUCUCUCGGUGCGCGCAGCCCAGAGUCGACCUGCUGUCAGCGCAUCAAAAAAGGACACUGCUGGCCCAAAUUGGUUUGACCUUCCGAAAACAAAUCUCACUCCAGAAUUCAAGCGGGACUGGCAGGUGCUGCGUAUGCGAGGGCUUCUGGAUCCCAAGCAUCAGAAGAAAGCUCUUCGCUCUGCUCCGCCGGAAUAUUCCCAGCUUGGCGAAGUGAUAUCCGGGCCAGCCGACUACUAUAGUGCAAGAUUGUCCCGUAAAGAUAGAAAGCGGACAAUAUUCGAGGAGGUAGCAGCCGCGCACGACAAGGAAAAGCUGAGCGGCAAAUACGCUGGCAUUCAACGGAACAAAACCUCUGGCAAGAAGGCAUUCUAUCAAAGACUUGUGUCGCAGAGACGAAAGCGACAAAGUUGAGGCAAGGCCAGUAUUCUUACGAAUCACGACCAGGCUGUUGUCUCAUCUCUAGCUCUGCCGCUCACCAACAUGGCUCAGCACGUAGGGGGCGCUCCCCGAGGCCCAAGGGACGACCAAAGCGACUAAACAUCGGGUGAGCAAUGGACGAGCUCCUAUACCAUGCCGCGAACCCUGUUUCUCAAGACUGCACGAGAACCUAGGUCAUACUUGGGCAACAACGUUCGCGCGGGAGCCCUAAUGUGAUCGGCUUCAUGACGCAUCCCGUCAUUGGAGGAUCAUUCAUGGUAUCCCGCCCAAACUGAUGCUAGCACCAUGCAUGCCCUGAACCAACCUGUUCACGGCAGCGAAUGCGCUUCAUGGGCAUCGCCAAUCGUUUCCGGAUCACGGACCGCUUCAAAUGGCAUCUAGUGCCAUGAGAUGGUGAUCAGUGGUCUGUGGCUUAGCUGCCGCCAUGCAUCGAGGAUGCUCGUGUGACACGUGUGCCGAUGGACAGUUGUGCCAUCGCGACACCAGGGGAUGAAGUUGGGGGAAGUGCAUGCUAUAUAAGCAGGGCAUUCGGCGACUGAUCAAUUUGACUAGACAGCAGAGAACGUCUAGGACUCGUCUGUCUCCAUAGUCGCGGGCCUACAUAUUCCUUGACAAUCGACGAAUGACCUUCUUCAUUGAGCAUGCCAUCAGUAGUCAUACGUGCAUAAUUCUAAUUUCAAAGUUGUACUUCAUGGCAAGG